UUUGGAGUUAAUGGAGUCAGAAGGACCCCAAGAGUCAGUGAGUUCAGAAAAAUCAGUGUUUUUUUCACAGCAAGGAGAAGAUGAAGAAGAAGAAGCCCAAGAACCAGAGGAAACAGGUCCUACAAACCCUCUCUUACAACCUGCUCUCACAGGGGAUGUAGAAGGUUUGCAAAAGAUUUUUGAGGAUCCUGAGAAUCCUCACCAUGAACAGGCCAUGCAGCUACUCUUGGAAGAAGACAUCGUUGGGAGAAAUUUGUUGUAUGCAGCUUGCAUGGCUGGGCAAAGUAAUGUUAUUAGAGCUUUGGCAAAAUAUGGUGUGAAUCUGAAUGAGAAAACUACCAGAGGGUACACACUCUUACACUGCGCUGCAGCCUGGGGUCGUUUGGAAACUUUGAAAACUCUAGUGGAACUGGAUGUCGAUAUAGAAGCUUUGAACUUCAGGGAAGAAAGAGCCCGAGAUGUUGCUGCUCGGUAUUCCCAGACUGAGUGUGUCGAAUUUCUGGACUGGGCAAAUGCAAGGCUGAUUCUGAAAAGAUACAUCACAAAGGUCUCUUCAGCCAUUACUGACCCAGAAAAGGGAGUAGUGAAGCUCCUUAAGGAAGACAAGAACACUGUUCUCAAUUCAUGUCGUGCAAAAAAUGAGUGGUUGGAAUCCCAUUUGGAAGCUUCCGUUAAUGAGAUUUUUGAGCAGAAACAACAACUGGAAGAUAUUGUGACCCCCAUUCUCACAAAAAUGACUAUGCCACGUCAAGUGAAAAGUGGCAAAUCGUAACCUAAGCUAUGGUCAGAAGAUAAGUCAAGAUUAAACCU